AUGACCGCAAAGCUGCAGUACGUAAACGCCUAUAUCAUUGCCUCAUUCAGGCGUCGAUACCAGCACCGCCAGAUCGAGCUAGCAUUGGAUGUAAAAGAACAAAGACAGCAGGACAGCAUCUACAUGCUCGACCAGCUCACGGCCAUAAAGUGGAUCAAUUUGCAUGCUGGCAUGAGGGUUGAAGCCAUGUUUUUCUGGACUGAUUUAGGACCACAGGGCUCGUGA